AUGCGGGAUAUGCCGUCACCACUAGCCAAGAGGGUGGACUCUGAAAAAGAGCCAGAUUUAUAUCCUUCAUUAUCUCCACCACCGCCUGCACUAACACCGUUAACGCACACAGCCCGCCGGCAGGCAGACAGGCAGGCAGCGGGCGGGCAGCACGGGCUCCGCGGGGUCGCCGACCCUCACCACCGCAUACAGUUAGAAUAUAAUGAUUUGUCGGUGGAACAAAUUAUGGACAACUUGUCAUCAGGGAUAGCUAUAGAUCAAAACAUGUUACAAGGAACAGGCCCUUACAUGACACCUCAGGCACAAGCAGCUUUGCCAAAGCAAGUUUUCGAUCAAGCUACUCGUAUUGCACUCAUGGCUAUACGACGAGUACCUGAAACUGGGCAAAGGAAACUACAGGAGGGGCGCGAGACCCGGUGCCCCACAAACCAACAGGGUCUGGAAUUCAGUGCAGGCACCACUAACCGAUGGGACUGCUACACAAACAGGCAUCACACAAAAACCGUCUAUGACCUCCAGCCCGCAACUACAGGGAGUGCCGGGCUGGAUUUGGCAACAGCAGCCAACCUCUCAAUGAAAGAACAGAGAAUUUAUAUUGUGGGGACUGCAAUAUUCGGACCUUUGCCUGAUGGCAUGUUAGGAUUAAUAACUGGACGAUCUAGUGCUACGACACAGGGAAUAAUUGUAUACCCUGGAGUUAUUGAUUCAGAUUAUCAAGGGGAAAUUACAAUCAUGCUAGCUUCAACGCAAAUUCCAUGUACAAUUCCGGCAAACACAAAAAUAGCUCAAUUAAUAUUGCUUCCUUGUUGGGUACCUCGACACAUGCAAAAUAAUCGAGGCGACGGUAGCUUUGAUAGCACCGGGGGUCCUUUUGUAUUGUGGUCGCAGGAAAUAACACAGCAACAGCCGAUUUUAAAAUUGCAAAUUGAGGGUAGAUGGUUUUCGGGAUUGCUAGAUACCGGAGCAGACGUUUCUAUAAUAUCAAAAAAAGACUGGCCAACUUCGUGGCCGUUGCAGAUAGCUCUUUCUACAAUUGUUGGUAUAGGAGGCACUCGACAGCCCAUGCGAAGUGCCAAACUUUUGUCAGUAAAGGGGCCUGACAACCAUGACGCAUGGAUUCAGCCUUAUGUACUUGACUCAUCUGUAAAUUUGUGGGGCAGAGAUUUAUUGAAACAAUGGCACAUUACCCUAACCACAGUCAAUUCAAAUUUAUCCUAAGGGUCACUGAUGUAAAACCCCUGCUCAAACUUACGU